UGAAGAUACUUUUAACUUUCAUUUAUUAAUAAUACUCCCACUAGCUUUCAUUCUGUAGCUGAUGCUUUGUGUCUUCUUGACACUUUCCAGUUUCCACUGAACAAAGUAAAAAAAUUGAGAAGAAAUUAAAACAAACAUAUAUAUUUUUCAUCAAUUAGACCAAAUGUAUUCUCUCUGAUCCUCUGGCAAUGAGAAAAAGAACAAAUCCACGUGUAUGCUAUCCGCCAUUUUCAACGUGCAGAUGAAGAAAUUAUAUAAACAAACAAAGGGAAAAGCAAAGCAAAGACGUAAGAUUAAGGGAAAAUACAGAAAACGAUGAAGCUUAAGGUAUACGCAGAUCGCUUGUCUCAGCCUGUUCGAGCUGUAAUCAUCUUCUGCGAGGUAAAUGGAAUAGAAUAUGAGGAAAUCAAAGUAGAUCUCGCAAAUCGUGAACAUCUAACUCCUGAAUUCUCAGAAAUAAAUCCCAUGCAACAGCUGCCGGCCAUUGUUCAUGGAACAUUUAAGCUGUUUGAAAGCCAUGCUAUUCUUAUCUAUCUUGCUUCUUCAUUUCCUGGAGUUGCUGAUCAUUGGUAUCCGGCUGAUGUUUACAAGAGAAGCAAGAUACACUCGGUGUUGGAUUGGCAUCACUCCAACUUACGUCGUGGUCCAAUCACAAUUGUUCAGAAUUCUAUUCUAGCGCCUGUGUUUCGCCGUCCAUUGAAUCCAGAAGCAGUUGCUGAAGGCGAGAAAAUUCUGUCCGCAGCUCUGUCGAAGAUCGAAUCUUUUUGGCUCGACGAUAAUAGGCCUUUUUUGCUCGGUGAGAACCAACCAUCAAUAGCCGAUCUUAGCCUCGUUUGUGACAUAAUGCAAGUUAAGCUUGUGGGUGAGACGGAUUGGAACAGAUUAUUGGGUCCUUACAAGAAAGUUCAGCAAUGGAUCGAGAACACAAGAAAUGCUACAAAUCCUCACUUUGAUGAACUGCAUAAGGUCCUGAAGGAACUCAAAGAAAAACUGCAAAAUUAGCAAUUAAAAGGGUUUAGCAAAUAAUGAAGGUGGUGGAGUCUUUGCGUUCAAGAAUCUGAGAAAUGAAGAACUGCAUUACUAUAGUAUGUAUAAUUAGAACGUGUGGUAUGUUUUCAGUCACUAAGAACAGGGGCUUAUGUUUAUAUAAACAGAUGCUGUGGUAUUGUAAUGGAUGAUGAGUAAAUAUUGGCUUAUAUAAGAGUUUCACUCUGUUUUACUUA